GGAAUCACACAAAAUGCAUUCUCGCUUUCUCGGUUAAAAACCACAGUAUUGGAUUUGCUUUGAGGCUUUUCCCUGCACUGGAUCCCAGAUGCCAGUAACGGACUAUGGACAGAAAUGGGAUGAGGGCUGCAACAUGUUGAGGACAAACCGGACCUCACGGAUGGGUCACUGAUGAGAAGUUAACGUCGACACUGAUUUCAGCUGCACAUUUUGGACAGAAGCUCUACAUAUCAUGAAUAACUGACGGUCCCGUUAGGACUCUAAAUUUUGGACGGUCUCUGUGUUGUUAUGUGGUCUAAUUGUGCGGUUAUGUAACUCUAAGUGCUUUCCGUGGUAAGUAACCGAGUCUAUCGGUAUCGCUCAUGCUCCGGUGCAUGCCUGCACGAGAGAAGCGCGCGCGCUCGCUCCCUCGCGCCGGUGGUCUGCACCGUGAAUCUGCACCGAAUCUGCACAAUCGUCCCCACAUCGACCCUCCGUCUCCCGUGAGAUGGCCGCGGCGAUCGCCAGCUCGCUCAUCCGACAGAAACGGCAGGCGCGCGAGUCAAACAGCGACCGUGCGGCGACCGGUAAGCGCCGCUCCAGCCCCGCCAAAGAGCCCUCCGGACGAGGCUCCCUGUGCGACCGGCACCUGUUCGGACUCUUCGGUAAAGUCCGAUUCUGCAGCGGGAAAAAACGACCCGUGCGCAGGAAACCAGAGCCUCAGUUGAAGGGGAUAGUGACCAGGCUCUUCAGCGAGCAGGGCUUCUACUUACAGAUGCAGCCGGACGGAACCGUCAGCGGGAGCAAAGAUGAAAACAGCGACUACACUCUGUUUAAUCUGAUCCCGGUGGGUUUGCGGGUCGUGGCGAUUCAGGGCGUGAAGGCUGGACUUUACGUAGCCAUGAAUGGAGAAGGUUUCCUGUACUCCACGGAUGUGUUCACAGCGGAGUGUAAGUUUAAGGAGAGUGUGUUUGAGAAUUAUUACGUGAUCUACUCGUCUACGCUGUACCGCCAGCAUGAGAGCGGACGCGCCUGGUUCCUCGGACUCAAUAAAGAAGGAACUAUCAUGAAGGGAAACCGGGUCAAGAAAACUAAACCGUGUUCACACUUCGUGCCCAGACCCAUUGAAGUGUGUAUGUAUAAGGAGCCGUCGCUGCAUGAAAUUGACGAGAAGCAGCGGUCCAGGAAAAACUCAGGAACUCCCACUAUGGGCACCAGGAAAGAGUUGAACCAGGACUCUACCGAUCAUGAAGGCUCAUAGCCACACACACACACACACACACACACACACUGACCUGUAAAUGUACACACACACACUCACACACACGGUGACCCCUGGAGCUGAAUGCUUUCUUACACCCCAACAAAUAACCGCAACUUCAGCAUUGACAAACAUCAAACGAAACAAAAAUUAAUGAAGUAACGUGAGAAAAACAAACAAAAAAACAAAAAACAAAGCUGAAUUCUUGCCUGUGAGAAUAUUUUAGGAGUAUCUGAAAAUCAGGACAUGAUUUUACAUUUUAUGCAAAGUCUGGCAAGAGUCUGUUCGCGUCACAUGCUCGUGGGAGACGCGGGAGGGUGUUUCUUUCGGGAGUCUGAGCUUUAAGCCAUGUUCGAUGAUCACAUGUUGAUUUAUGAAUGCCAAAAGCACUUUCACUCACUGCUAUAUGUCGCUCAACUCAUCAAUAUGGAAUGUUCGCAUCGAUUGUGUCCUCCAAUAAUUGCUCUGUUUUUUAUUCUGAGUGGGAGGGGCUUGUGAAUUCUGCUGUCUGAUUGGCUAAAGUGGGAAGGGUUCAGGAAUUGCUCUGCUGAUAGGCGCUGACAGUCAUGUGACUUUACAGAUCUGCUUCAUCUCAUUCCACUGUAUGAAAUGUGUUAAAGGGUCAUAUUCUACACUUCUGUAGCAUUUUACUUCAUAU